AUGGUUAAACUAGAUACCCUGGAGCCAGUAAGGGCAGACACCCUGGCCAGACGCAACACCUCUGAAUCUGAAGCUUCCAUGCCAUCAACGAACCUAGCAGCUUCAGCGCUGAGGAACAUGCAGUGGCUCCUCAUCCCUGCCAUCCUAAUAAUUGCUCUUCCUCCACAGCUUUCUUGCAGGGUGCAGGGUGACCAGAAGCAGCACCAGCAAGGGGAAAAGGCUGGAGGAAAAGCUGCAGAAAGCCACGAGGUUCGUCAGCGCAAAGAGUUAUGUCACUGGCCCUGCAGGUGCCCCCGCAUGCCAAACUGCAGCCCUGGGGUCAGCCUAGUAAAGGAUGGCUGUGGAUGUUGCAAGAUGUGUGCCAAGCAGUCUGGGGAGCUCUGUAAUGAAGCGGAGGUCUGUGACCCUCAUAAGGGGCUCUACUGUGACUACUCAGCCGAUAAACCUCAAUAUGAAAGAGGAGUGUGUGCAUAUAUGAUUGCAGUAGGCUGUGAGCUCAAUGGUAUACAUUAUAGCAAUGGCCAAGAUUUCCAGCCCUCACCUUUAUAUAAAUGCCUGUGUGUAAAUGGUGCAAUUGGAUGUACACCUGCAUUCCUCCCUAAGUCAGCACCUAAUGAAUGUGCCACUCAGAAGAGUAGAAAGAAAUUGGCACAGUCACACUUCAAAUGUGGUUCAGGAAAAGCAAAGGAGCAACAGUCGACCGGUUACCGAUUAAUGCCAGCUUUCAGAAGUUUACCACUUGUUUUGAAGAAGAAAUGCUUGGUCCAAGCUACCCCCUGGACACCAUGUUCUCAAAGCUGUGGCAUAGGUAUAUCUGACAGAGUAACCAAUGAAAAUGCGAAAUGCAAAAUGAGGAAGGAAAAGAGACUGUGUUACAUUCAACCAUGUCAAGCAAAAUUUCCAAGGACACUUAAGAUCCCUAAAGGAAAAACAUGUCGCCCUACAUUUCAGCUUGCUAAAGCAGAGAAACUAGCAUUUUCUGGAUGCACAAGUAGACAACAAUACAAACCUACUUUUUGUGGAAUCUGCCUGGAUAAGAGAUGUUGCAUACCUAAUAAGUCUACAAUGAUUACAGUACAGUUUGACUGCCCCAAAGAAAGAAGCUUUAAGUGGAAGAUGAUGUGGAUUACCUCUUGUGUCUGUCAGAAGACAUGCAAUGAUCCAGGAGAUAUUUUUUCUGAACUCAGGCUUUUAUAGAAAAUGUGAAUGGUACUGUGGUAGAUCAAACAUUCCUCCAAGAUGUACGGUAACUUGGUCAUUUAAUUUGGCAACAUUGGCUAUUAGCAGUGCCUGAAAUUAAAAGUGCUGAAUGAAUUCAACCAGCUGUUUUUUUUAAAUACAAGAACUUGCUCCUCAGAAUUCUUAUUAUUACUGUAACAAAUUGAAGUAGCUGAUAAAUGGAUUCCCAUAUUAACCCAUUCAUGCCACAUUACUGGUCUGCCUCCAGUUUUAACUUUGGAUUUGUCAUAGUGUGAGGGCUUAGUGUGUGUAAGAGUCACCUCUCAGUUCUGAUCCCAGAUGCCUCCACACUGUACAGCUAUAACAACAGGGGCAUCUACAGGGCAGAGACAGAACUGAGGGCAUCCACCUAUCUGAUGAUUUUGUUUUUUCCUUCUGCCCAUUUAGUGGACUUAGCUUUUCUCCCAACCAGUAUCAUGCCUUGAUAGCUGUAAAUAUGUCAUUAUAAAUAUAAAAUUAGGAGACCUACAUCCUUUCAGAUAGCUCUAGUUUGCUGCAUGUAAUGUGAGGCUUUUGGCAUGUUCUCCAUAUAAACCAUGAGAAAAGUGCAUAUAUUUAGGUGAAAAGAUUCUUGAGGAUCUGUACUAGAUAUCCCAGUAUGCUCAUAGUGUGUAUACAGUAUGAGAUAAUGCAUUUAUAGUAGUUUGAGAAUGGUUAUUUCCCCAAUAAACA